AUGAAGCCUCCCAGGUUUGAGAAGGAGAUUCGAGGGUUUCUAGGGAAAGUACAGUACAUUAGCAGACUCAUAGCCCAACUCACCAUGACAUGUGAGCCACUUUUCCGACUGCUCAAGAAGGAAGUUCCUAUAGUGUGGAACGAACAAUGUCAAGAAGCUUUUGAAAAGAUUAAGAAUUAUCUGAUGAAGCCACAAAUACUGGUCCCAUCGGUACCUAAAAAGCCAUUAUUGUUGUAUCUCACAACUACAAAUACAACAAUAGGGGCUUCGCUUGCUCAAUACCUAGAGGAGUCUAUGAAGGAGAAUGCGAUCUACUACAUUAGUAAGAAGAUGUUGGCUUUUGAAGAAAAGUAUUCACCACUUGAGAAGACAUGUGUAGCACUUGUAUGGGCAACCCGUAAACUCAGACAUUUAUGCCUGCUUUCAAGGUCUUGUUGA